AUGUCAUGAUUCGUCAUUCAUUCGCCCGUGCCCCGAGGAGUAUCGUAUAGCAGUUGAGACAACACCUUCGCCGGGUCCUUACGUCGUAGCUGCAAAGAUUGUGACACAGUUAUCCCAAAAUGGCUGUAAGCAGGCUAUCCAUUGUUAAAUUCCUGGAGCUGGCUCUGACAUGUGCAUGUGUGGCUCUUCACUACCACAGUUACAAUAGUGAUCCGGACACGGGCAUGCUCGUCACGGGAACCUUCAUAGGAUACCUCAUUAUAUUCGCGGGAGCUGCGGCUGGAUACGUGAUGCAGACUCCUUCACACAAACGCAUAGACAUCUUCUAUUCGUUGGUGGGAGUCGCUCUAUUCGUCGCGAGCGGUGCUGUGCUUAUUGACAGAUACCAGAAUUCGUUUAAGAGUGACAUCAGAGACAAAAAUCUAGCGAAGGCCUCACUGUCGAUUAUCAACGGUGUAAUUCUUCUAGUGGACGCUGUGUUGACACAACGCGGCGGAUAGAUGGCGCUCACAAUAACGCUAGGCGACAACCACCCAGAUAUACUCGUAUCUUAAAAAUAACCCAAAGAUAUAAAAUCUAAACGAAAAUAAAUACACGUAUGAUGAAAAAAAAAUCAUAUAAAAUUUGAUAAAAAUAUUUUCUUAUCGCCUAAAAAAAUAAUAUGGAAAAAUUGCUUCCACCCAACUUCAAUCUGCCAGGCUUUUUUACAAUUUUAUAUCGAGUAAGGUUUUUGAUGUAUUUAUUGAAGUGAAAUGUAUUUUGUAUGUAUUGUCCUAAACUGACUUGAAUCUAUUUUGUAUAACUCGCUUUGAAUUGUUAAUAAUAUAAAAGAGUGUGUAUUGUGUACUCAAUAUAUAUUGUAUUGCGGACGUGCCUUCCCUCUGUUGAAUAGAUGCUUGUACUGUUUGUGAAAUUCAAAAUUAUUUCAUAUAUUAUUUUAUUAUAUUCUUAUGUUAUUUUGGUCGGUUGUAAAUUAAAAUACGUGAUAUCAUUUGAUUGAUUAUUGAAAAACAUCAAAAGUAAUAGUAAUUAAGACUUUGAGAGUCAACAUUUUUAUUACAAAUGUCUCUGACGUUUUCUAAAAGCUGUAAGAUCAUUAUUCCAUUUAUAUUUACGGGUAUAUUUAAGUUUAUAAUAAUAUCUUGUUUCAUGACUUCAUUGAACAUUACAUUUUACGAACAAAUAUGACCUUCAUGAUGAUUUAAAUUAAAUAUAGAAAAAAAGGCUUACAUUAAGAUAGGUUAAGUCAAUUUUGUUUUAAAAAUUUUAAUAUUUGACAUGUGUUUGUUGAUUUUAUUUGUUAAUGCAAUUUUUUUUAUAACAAUGUUUGAAUUAUGUAUCACAAUGCAUUUUUGUAAUUUCCACCUAUGAUGUAUGUUUAUUAAAAUGUAUUUAAUAAAAUAAAAUUUCUUUUUUGAAA